UUUUCCCCACCCAUGAGCCUUUGAGGAUGUUGUAAUGUCCCUCCGUGCCUCGUGUUGCAAGGAGUUUACACAGCUGCUACCUAGUCAAGACAUGGAUAUCAAAAACUCACCAUCCAGCCUUCACUCUCCUGCCUCCUACAACUGCAGUCAGUCUGUCUUACCCCUGGAGCACGGCCCCCUCUACGUCCCUGCCUCCUACGUAGAGAACCACCACGAGUACCCCGCCAUGACCUUCUACAGCCCUGCCAUGAUGAAUUACAGCGUCCCCAGCGGCGCCAGUGAGGCGGACCGUGGGCCGGGGCGACAGCCCACAAGUCCAGAUGUGCUGUGGCCGACUCCUGGCCACCUGUCUCCUUUAGCCAUCCGUUGUCAGUCGUCACUUCUGUACCCAGAACCUCAGAAGCCUUCGUGGUGUGAAGUGCGACCGCUGGAGCACACCUCGCCUGUGAACAGAGAGGCCCUGAAGAGGAAGGUUAGUGGAGACAGUUGCGCCAGCCCCGUGACAAGUUCGAAGAAGGAUGCCCGCUUCUGUGCCGUCUGCAGCGACUAUGCGUCGGGAUAUCACUACGGAGUCUGGUCGUGUGAAGGGUGUAAGGCCUUCUUUAAAAGGAGCAUUCAAGGACAUAAUGAUUACAUUUGUCCAGCUACAAAUCAGUGCACCAUAGAUAAGAACCGGCGCAAAAGCUGCCAGGCCUGCCGACUUCGGAAGUGCUAUGAAGUGGGGAUGGUGAAGUGUGGCUCCCGGAGAGAAAGGUGUGGGUACCGCAUAGUGCGGAGACGGAGAAGUUCCGGCGAGCUGCACUGCCCGAGCAGAGCCAGGAAGAACGGAGGCCCUGUGACGCGCGUCAAGGACGUGCUGCUGAGCGCCCUGAGCCCGGAACAGCUGGUGCUCACCCUGCUGGAGGCAGAGCCGCCCCACGUGCUGGUGAGCCGCCCCAGCUCGCCCUUCACCGAGACCUCCAUGAUGCUGUCCCUCACCAAGCUGGCCGACAAGGAAUUGGUGCACAUGAUCGGCUGGGCCAAGAAAAUCCCCGGCUUUGUGGAGCUCAGCCUGUUGGACCAAGUGCGCCUCUUGGAGAGCUGCUGGAUGGAGGUGUUAAUGGUGGGGCUCAUAUGGCGCUCGAUCGACCACCCCGGCAAGCUCAUCUUUGCCCCAGACCUCGUGCUGGACAGGGAUGAGGGGAAAUGCGUAGAAGGAAUUCUGGAAAUCUUUGACAUGCUCUUGGCGACAACUUCGAGGUUCCGUGAGCUAAAGCUGCAACACAAGGAGUACCUCUGCGUGAAGGCCAUGGUCCUGCUCAACUCCAGUAUGUGCCCUCUGGCUGCGGCCGCCCAGGAGGCUGAGAGCAGCCGGAAACUGACUCACCUGCUGAACGCCGUGACCGACGCUUUGGUCUGGGUGAUCGCCAAGAGCGGCAUCUCGGCCCAGCAGCAGUCGGUCCGCCUGGCCAACCUCCUGAUGCUCCUCUCCCACGUCAGGCAUGCCAGUGACAAGGGCAUGGAACACCUGCUCAGCAUGAAGUGCAGAAACGUGGUCCCGGUGUACGACCUGCUGCUGGAGAUGCUGAACGCCCACACGCUGCGUGGGCACAGGCCCGCGGCCACGGCGCCCGGCCCGGCCGAGGACAGGAAGGGCGCAGAGGGGCCCCAGAACCCGCAGUGACGCCCGGCCUGCCACGCAGGCCCACAGAGGAGACGGGAGUGUGAACCCGCAGGCCGUGAGUCUGGGCUGCUUCCUCCUGCUGUGCGGCCCCUCGCGUGGUCACGCCGUGAGUGGACCCUUGCUGUCCUCGCCAGGGGCCAGGGCAAGAAGCCACAGUUUCCUUGUUAUCACCGGUGCCCUUAGAGGCAGGUUCCGUCUCGCAUGGCCUCUGAGGGUCUCUGUACUGUCCCUUCCUUCCCAUCUCCCUGCCAGUCCUUUAGAAAACAGUUGGAGCGAAUGGGGACUCUGACCUGGACGGGUGCACAUUGGACGGGGGGAGGAUGUGACGCACUUGCAGGAAGUGGACCCAUCCUCACUGUGCGACCUACGCUGUCCUUAGGCUCAGCCGCUGUGUCUUCUCGGCCAUUUGGUUGUAGCACCAAAACCACAACGACACGUCCACUCUCACAGGCCUGGGGGACUGAUGCCAUGUUAUCGUCACUGCCCACCAAAGGCCAGAGGGACUGGCCAGGCUGGGCCAUGUGCUCCUUCCCCAAGGCCCUGCUGUGGUCUGCACACAGGUGUGCCCCUCUUGAUUUGCAUUCGUAUCUGCUAAGUAUCUGGGCUGGGUGACUGCGUGUGGUCACUUUCGUGGAGGAUUAAGGGAGGUGCAAGUCUCUCUCGUGCCUCAGGCUUGCCCUUCCUUGAAACCUGUCUUGCGUGCUGGAGAAAACCCUUGGGUGUUCAGGAGUGGGAUUCUCUCCUGCAGCCGCAGUGUUCCUUAGGGUGUUAACACACGCAGGAUCCAGUGUGCAUGACCUCAUCAGUAGCAGCCACACCACCACAUGAAGGUACCCAGAGGAGACGGGGGCAGCCUGUGGGCGCAUGGCGCACAGUGCGGUCCGUGGGAGGCUGGGUAGCUACGUCCACGGCAGGACCUUUGAUGCCAGACUGUAGGGAGCUGACGGGCAACACCGUCUGAGCACGACCUAGUUUGUCAAUUCUCCAUAAGAAAGAGAAACGUGGGGAUAAUUAUUUAUCACAAGAAAGAAUUCUUUAUACCUUAGGGAUCUUUUAAAAUAUUUUCUUAUCAGAAGAUUUAUAUGGAGGACUGGAAGAAAUAGAAACUUAGUAAAAACAUUGGAACAGAAAUAGGACCGUUGAAUGGACAAUUUUUACUUGCCUUUUCAAAUGGCAAAUUUUCAGACACAUUUUUGAGAACACGGGGAAGGCAUAAAACAAGUAAGUGCUGUACUUUGGAAGUGAGCAAUUCACUAGUUAUAUUUUACUUUUAUGGUAACGUUUUUAAGAAUUAAGUCCGUACUUCUUGAAGAUAGGUUUACCUUGGCUCGCCCAGCUGUAUUUACUAAGUCAUUAGGAAGAUGAAAUUUAAUGCCACGAAGGCUGCUUUCCAAUCGUGAAGCUUGGAAUGAUUCUUCAUUUUUCUGUUGGCGUGUUACUGACAGUUGAGCUGGCUGUUUCAGACGCUUGGACACGCACCUAGUUCUAGACCACGCCGACACCCGUAUCCUCAGGAGCUUGUCAUGAGUCUCUGUGGCUCAGCGUCACAGUGUUAGCAAGACUCGGUACACGGAACACACACCGAGCUGCGUGGGACCAGGGAGCCACUGUUGUCCAGGGGGCGGGUUUCCUCGGGGCCAGGCUGGAAUUCUAGCACAGGGGCAGGAAGCUGGAGAGUAGGAAGUGGUGGUGGAUUUGCCAGUGAAAUCCCAUGGAUUGGAGCUUUCAGAGAGACUAACAGAUAAGAAAAGCUGAAUGGGGUGUGAGCGUUGCCUAGUUAAUAUAUAGUGGAGUGAGUUUUUUUAGGUUGACUUCUCACACCCAAGGAAGAUCCCUGAUUGAACUCCAGUUCAAGGGCAGCCAGUGGCCGUUAGUUACGUUCUUGUAUGUUUCUGGAGGCUGCUGCUUUUACUUACUACCUAACACUUUCGACCGUGUCGUCUUGGCUCAGGUCUCUCAGUGUGCUGGGGACACAGGGUCCGUCCACCCUGAGGGCUCCCUCAGUUCAUGGUGUCCUUUCUUGUUUUCCAAAAAAAAAUAGUUUAUUUAUUUGAGAGAAAGAGAGGGCGAGAGUUCCCGUCCACGAAUUCACUCCCCGGGGCCCAGGACAGCCCCUGGUCGGGGUGGGACAGAAUUGGGAGCCAGGAAUUCAGUUGGGGGUCUCGCUCGUGGGUGGCAGGAACCACAGUACUCCAGCCCUCGCUACGGCUCCCCAGGCCUGCGUGUGCAGGAAGCUGGCACGGGAGGGGAGCCAGGGCUCUGAGGUGGGCGCAGGCAUCUUAGUGCCCCACAGCUGUGUUUUACUUGGGAUUAGGAGCAAGCAGACGGCUGAAACGUGGUCUGUGCCCGCAUGGUGGCUUUGGUGUGGGCUGGCCCGGAGCCCUUCCUCCCGCACUCAGAGGAACCCGGUGUCUCCUCCCUUCUCUCGACGCCCCCUUUAAGGGUGACGUGCGUUUUGUGUGUCAUGUUGUCAUUUUUGAGUGUAAGGCAAAUCCUAAAUGUUCAUUUUUUUUUUUUUUGACAGAGUGGACAGUGAGAGAGAGAGACAGAGAGAAAGGUCUUCCUUUGCCGUUGGUUCACCCUCCAAUGGCCACCACGGCUGGCGCGCUGCGGCCGGCGCACAGCACUGAUCCAAAGGCAGGAGCCAGGUGCUUCUCCUGGUCUCCCAUGGGGUGCAGGGACCAAGCACUUGGGCCAUCCUCCACUGCACUCCCUGGCCACAGCAGAGAGCUGGCCUGGAAGAGGGGCAACCGGGACAGAAUCCCCCGCCCCGACCGGGACUAGAACCCGGUGUGCUGGCGCCACAAGUGGAGGAUUAGCCUAGUGAGCCGCGGCGCUGGCCUAAAUGUUCAUUUUGAAGGUUGGCCUUUCACGGUGCUCUGUUUCACUGUUUCACACGUCGUCUUUGGAGGUGCUGCGAGUGGAAGGGUGGCAUCCGCCCUCCCAGAGAGCCCGCGCUCCUCUAGGGCAGCUCGCCUAAGCAGGAGUCUCGCUGCUUCAAGUUCAGUUUUUAAAAGGAAUCAGUGAGGGAGACGAGGACUGACAGCGGGAAAGAGGAAUUAAACUGCGUGUUGGAACAAAAAUCCACUGCUGUGUGCAGAUGAGAACAAGCAAUCAGCCCUGUCUCAGACUAGCAGGCCUGGUUUCCCUCCUUCCAUUUUAAUCUGUAAGUGAUCACUUCAGAAGGAAAAGAGGGGCCGGCCUUGUGGCCAGGGGUGCGCUGUGCGUGGGACGCUGGCACCCCACACUGGCGCACCAGUUCAAGUCCUGGCUGCUGCACGCUUCUGGUCCAGCUUCCUGCUCAUGCACCUGGGGGGCAGCAGGUGACAGUCAAGUCCCCGGGCCCCUGCCACCAUGUGGGAGACCGGAUGGAGUUCCUAGCUCCUGGCUCUGGCCCGGCCCAGCCCUGGCUGUUGUGGGCUUUUAGGGAGUGAACCAGCAGAUGGAAGAUAUUCUCUCUCUCUGUCUCUCUCUGUCUCUCUCUCUCUCUCUUGCUCUGCUUUUCAAGUAGAUCAAAAUAAACAUGAAAAAGAAUAAGGAAAACCUAUUUGUAGGAGAUGAAUGAGAUUUGAUCUUACAUGGGAUCACACAGACAGAUUUCAGUGAUGAUGAAGUAGUUACCAUGGACAUUCUCCCUGCAGAGUCCGCAGACUCCCGGGCAUGCACUGGCCCUCGGGAAGACGAGCGUGGACAGUGCCGCUAGGGCAGCAGGCUGUUUGCCCAGUGCGUUCUCUUCUAGUUGAGUCUCCCUGUUCUCUCGGCACCAUCGGUCUGGCCGCUGUUCACCAGGACUAACUACCAAAGACCCACCCCAGAAGUAAUCCUGACGAGAUUUUUUUUUUUCAUGAAAAAUUGAGGUAGGAACACAAGACAAGGCUGUCAGCCUGAUGACACAUUUGAGGAGGCUUAAGCAUAUUCAAACAAAGCAGUACAGAAUCAGCCAAGCUUUGCGGGGAGUUCAUUUAUCUGGGUUACCUCACCUCUGAAGUCAGCUGGAAGGCCAAUUAUUUUAGAAUUUAGUAAAGAAAAAAAAUCAGUUUCCAAUUCUUAGCAGUGCCAUUUUAUAGAUUCAUAUACAUUUUAUAUGUGUAUUUAUAAGCUUAAUUGAAGUGAUUGUAGAAUUUUCUAGCACAUGGAAGUAGGGUGUGGUUCUUAUUUAUUAAAUAUCUUGCACAUGUUGACAUCUUUUUAAAUUCAAGGGGAACCUUCAAUCUUCGGGUCUAUUUUGAAACAAAGUACUUUUAUUUAAUGAGAUCUGGCACAUCUAAGCUGCUAAAAAUCUUUGAAAAGCAUAAAGAUUAUGUAGAGAAAAUGGUAAACACAUGUAAUUUGGUACCUAAAAGUAGCACUUGCAUAGUAUUUGCCACGUGCCAGACACCGCUCUCGGGCCUCUCACAGUCCAUUCUGCUAACAAUUGCUCUUCUACCUUUCUGGCCGUGGGAGCCUGGGAGCCUGGGAGCCUGGGAGCCUGGGAGCCUGGGAGCCUGGGAGCAGACUUGCUAAGGGCGAUAAUGGAGGGAGUGAGAGAGGCUGGUGAACUCGGGCAGGCCAAGUCCAGUGCUGAAAACGCUCGUGCAGUUCAACUCGCUAAAACAAAAUACUGAAGAGAAAACACACCUAACCCCCGGCAUUCAUCCGUCAUACACAUCCCGACGUGUGGCAGCUGCGGCUGUGCAGGCCCAGAAACAGCUUCUAAAGCUCUAACAGAGAAGUCCAGUUCCAUCUUCUACGCAGGUGCACAUUACAGCCCAGAGCCGCACAGAUACCUGCUCAGUCAUCAACUGCAGUGGCCAAGGGGGGCUUGGAAUUCGAGUCUUCCGCUUGCCUGGCCAGGCUCGCUUCUGUUUGACCUGCCACUUGACCGGUCUCACCGGGGGAGGGUUAGGACUGCCAGCUCCCCAACUUACAUGGGGUCUGCACGAACCUUUCUAGAACAGCUCGACGACAGGCAGAAGAAACAAGAGAAUUGUGGUCUUCCUGCUCCCCCAUCCCGGCCGGCAACCCAGGGGCACGCCCCUCCACCUGCCCUUUACUGCUCUCCCACGUGCACUGGCUGGAGCGCAUUCCUUGUGCGCCUACCGCUGUAAAACUCUUGUAUCUUCGCUACUGCUGCUGCUUGGUGGAGUUUGGUAUACUGUUGUGUGAGGAUACACGCUGUUCGUUCUUAGAGCUCUCAAAUCCGCUGGAAUUUUGGCUUAAGUGGGAGCUCUAAGGGGUGCAUCAUCUGGUGAUACAGUGAUCAUCUUCUCACCUUUUAAC